CCGAACCAAUCCGCCUGCGAUGAGGGGAGACGCACAUUCUCAUGUCUUUUCAUUCAUCGCGUGAUAAUAUUUUUUAUUCCCGUGUUUCCGUUUUGUUUUUAAAUCUAAGUGUUUAUAGAGUAUUUUUUGAGUGAGUAGAUAUGCAGAAAGGUGUGAAGAUGAAGAUGACAUCUGAUCAGAACAAAGAUAGUUUUUCUCCAGGAGACAUCGUGUUUGCUAAAAUGAAGGGUUAUCCUUUCUGGCCUGCCAGGAUUGGUGAAGGAAAAGCCCCCAAAAAUAAGAUCCCUAUCUUCUUCUAUGGAACACAUUCAACAACAUUUCUCUUCCCCAAAGACAUCGUCCCCUACUGGCCGAACAAAGAGAAGUACGGCCGGCCAAUCAAAAGAGGUGGCUUCGAGGAGGGCAUGUGGGAGAUCGAGAACGACCCGGGUGUGGGCCUCAGAGGUCAAAAGAAAGCAGCGCUAGUCAAACGACUGUCAGAGAGUCGACUGAAACUGCAAGACAGGACGAAGAAGAAGAAAGCAGAAAAUCAGACAGAAUCAGCGCUGAACAGAGAUUCGAGGGAAGCUCUUGUGAAACCCAGCAAAACAAACUCUGAAUCCGUCGCGCCGGCAGACGCUGAAACAACCGUGACAAUGUUGACGUGCUCCAGAGAUUCUGCGGCAGAGGACAGACGGACGGAUAAAGACACGCCUGCGAGGAGUGUGACAUCAGAGAAGACGCUCGCGGCAGGAAGGAGGAUUUUACCGUCCAGGAAGUUCAUUUUAGCCAGACGAGCGUCAGCAUCAAAGACGCUUUCCAGUCGCAGGAAACACGCGCUGAACAGAAAGAUCAUUUCCACCGACAAGAAACCCAUAGACGCUCAUAAUCACAAACAGCGCUCGAGGGUCACGCGCUCGACCGCAGAUCUGAGCCAGAACACAGACGAGAUCCCUGCGACUGAACCCGCUCUGAAGAGGAAACGCUCGCCAGCUGAUCCUGAUGUGAAGGAGGACACUUGUGUUCCUCUUCCUGUGACGCACAGCUCCAGCCCAGCAGACUCAAAGAAGAAGCGUCUCACCGAGGAACAAGAAGAACCGAGCGAGGUCAAGAACAUGAACACACAAGACGAGGACGAACAGAAUAAACCCAAACAGAUGAACAGAGACGUUCUGAUUGUCUCUGAAAAGAGAGACGAGACAAAAGAGGAGAAGAAACCGAAAGAUGAAGAGAGGAGUAAGAUCCUGGCCGAGAAGAGGCAGAGCGUCCUGAAGUCCCUGCAGGGGUUAAUGACGUCCACCAGAGGAAAGACUCAGAGCAGCGCUGAGAAGAGCCACAGAGACACAGAGCAGAACGAACAGCAGAACAACAACAACAACAACAGAGAAGAAGAAGAAGAAGAGCUCAGAGCUCAUUCUCUGUCUGUCACAGACUCUUUACUCUACCGGCUUCAUGAUGACAUCAGGAUCUCAAUGACGCUCGAAAACCCAGAUGUGGGGAAGUGUGUAUUGGCUCUGGAUGAGUUGAGCAGUGUCUUGGUCUCGUCUCGAAACAUUCAGAAGCACAGCGAGCUCAUCGAGACGCUCCGAAAGAUGCGCUGGUUUCGUGGCAGCGAGGCGAUCAUGUUUAAAGCCUCCAUGUUGUAUCAUCGCUUUAAAAACAUCUACCUGAUCGGAGACGGCGAGGAGCCUCUGAGUCAGGAGUACAUCGCUUCUCUGAAGGAGGAGAGAGAGACGGACGCCGGAGCAGCCGUCUGUCUGACGAACGUCUGUGAAGAGACCCGAGGUACGAAACCAGCGCCUCAAACCACUGAACACUUGCCUCACAGGUGUGACAUCAUCAUGACAUCAUCGUGACAUCACAGCCAGCCUCGCUGUCUGCGCUCUCAACCUCACGUUACAGAAAUAGUUCAAACUCUGCCCAAAAACUUUGUCACCUGCCCACCAAUGGAUCCUCUGCAGUAAAUGGGUGCCACCCGCCCUGGAGGAAGCGUUAAUAUGGAUUAUGUGUUUUAGUUAAAGGGAUAGUUCACACAAAAAAAAUGAUUAACUCACCGUUGCACACGGACAGCUACAGUAACACCAUCACACACUAUAUCUGAUCUCAGAGCGGUGCUAAUAUAACAGACGCUGACUUUAAUGAAUGCAGUUAGUCGUAAUAUGUUCUAGCAUUGUCUGUCAUGUUCUGAAGCCCAGAGAUUUGUAUAUUAUAAAGCACUCGCAUGUGCUUCCUGUUACAGAGAGUAUGCAUUAAACUGAUCUCCAGUGAUAAAAAUAAAUAAAUAAAAGAUUAAUAAUCAGAAA